AUGACCCAAAACUUACAGUCACAUGUCACAAAAGAAAAGUUUAAAAUCCAGCAGAUGAUCCGCUGUAAGGACAAAGAGACUAUACAGCAUCAGGAACCAGAGGACAUAGUUGGGAUGAUUCUGAAAAUAAAUCAAGGCAGCUUGGAGCCACAAUAUGAAGGAGAUGUUAUGACGGAGACAAGCCGCAAUGGAAUUAGCUGUGAUUUAUGUCUCUGGCCUACAAACAGCGCUGGAAACGUUAUUGUACCCUAUACACUCUCCCCCAAUUACACUGCGAACGACAUUGCUGUAAUAUUCAAGGCAAUGACAGAAUUUGAGACAUUGACAUGUGUGCGGUUUGUACCUCACAGUGAUCAAGAAAACUAUCUCAAUAUCACAUCUGAUGGCGGGUGUUGGUCAGCUAUAGGAAUGGUUGGGGGUGGUCAGGUGCUUUCUCUGAUACCACAUAAAUGCAUGAGCAAAGGGAUCAUCCAGCAUGAACUGAACCAUGCUCUUGGCUUUUACCAUGAACAUUUAAGAAGUGACCGUGACAAAUAUGUCACAAUUGUGACCAACAAUAUAGCGCCAGAAAACCUUAAGCAUUUUGAAAAAAUUGAGACAAAUAAUCUGGGAACGCAGUAUGAUUUUAAGUCUGUAAUGCACUAUCCUAGGGAUGCAUAUAGCAAAACUCCUGGACAGGCAACCAUAGUUCCAAAAUCCAAAUUACAUACUUCUGUUGGUCAGAGAUUUGGGUUGAGCAGGCUGGAUGUUGAAAAAAUCAAACGGCUCUAUAACUGUGAUACAUGUAGCUUUUUGCAUGCUGACUUGGAAGGGAGCAUACAAUCAAUGAAUUACCCAUCUCAUUAUUCAAACAAUGUCAACUGUGUGUGGCUGAUCCGGACACCGUAUAAUAAGGUGAUACUUACAUUUAAACAUUUUGAUGUGCAAUAUUCUGAGAAUUGUGAAGCUGACUACAUUAAGGUGUAUGAUGGUGCCAGUAAAGACUCUCCGGUGUUACUGGAUAAAACAUGCGUGAUGCAGCUGCCUUAUGAGCUCACAGCGUCAACUAACAUGAUGCUUCUGGAAUUUGUUACUGAUGGAUCAAAUACAGCCUCAGGUUUUAUGGCCAACUACAGCUCAGUACAAUGCGGUGGUGCAUUCUACCAGCACUCUGGAACCUUUAAAUCUCCAGGAUUCCCCAAAGCAUAUCUGCCCCAACUGAAGUGUUUAUGGAAAAUAAUAGCUCCCGAAGGAUACCUGAUCAAACUGGAAAUAAGUAGUUUUGAGCUGGAAUAUUACAAAUACUGUAGACAUGACUAUGUGGCUAUUUUUGAUGGAGAAGACACUACCUCUAGACACCUAGCAAAAUAUUGUGGCACUCCAAAGAUACCAGUAGAAAUUUCUUCAGGAAACAAAUUGCUGGUCAUGAUGCGUACAGACUACUCUGGAGAGUUAAGUGGAUUCCAGGCUUCAUAUGAAUUUUGUAAGUAUUAUAAGAUGGUGAAGGCUACAUUUAUUCUGUGUAUGCUGUAG